AUGUCUGCGGAUCAAUUUAAUGAAUUACUUAGAACAGUCGCAGCCAGUCCAGGCACCAACAAUUCCAGCGGUAGUUUUAGUAAAUGCACCGCCCGUUUUAGCGGUAAACGAUGUCAUAAUACAGUUGAAACAUUCAUAACAACGGUGUCAAUUUAUAAAGAAAUUGAAAAGAUUUCAGAAGCAGACGCACUGAAAGGGUUACCUUUACUCCUUACUGACAAUGCAGCUAUAUGGUGGCAAGGCGUCCAGAACGAAGCCAAAACCUGGAACGACGCUACCCAAUUACUUAGAACAGCAUUCUCACCAUCUAAACCUGCACACCAAGUUUAUGUUGAUAUAUUUAACAAUAAGCAACAAUCCAACGAAACCAUUGAUGAAUUCGUUACGCAGAAGAGGGCGUUACUCGCUCAACUGCCCCUCAACAGACACGACGAACAGACCCAAUUGGACUUAAUAUGGAUUGCUGAGUCUCCACAUACGGAAAGAAGUACCCCGAGAUAA